UAGCGGCAGCAGAGAGACCAGAGAGAGACCGACGGGAGCCGAGCGGAGCCGAGCGGAGCUGGAGCGGCCCAUCAGCUGAGUGCCUCAGCCAGAUGACCCAUCGGAGCCGCGGACCCGGCUCUGCGCUGGGAGCCCGGAGCUAAGCGCACUCACAGCUUGUCCUCCACAGACUCCUUCUUGUUUCUGUUCGUCCUGGUUUGUCUUUCUUUGCCGUCAUGGUUCUGGGCAAAGUGAGGGCCCUGGCGAUCUACUUUGACAGUUUGAAUGAGAACAACCUGCCGGUGUUCUCCGGGGGGGAGCUGGUGUCAGGGCGGGUGGUGGUGGAGGUCACCGGGGAUGUGCGGGUCAAGAGUCUGGACAUAACCGCCAGGGGAGUCGCCAAGGUCCGCUGGACCGAGUCGAGGAACGCCGGAGCCAACACGGCGUACACUCAGAACUACACGGAGGAGGUGGAGUACCUGCACCACUACGACACCCUGAUCGGAGAGGAGAGAGAUGAGGACUGUCCAGAGGAAGGUCUGACCGUCCUGCACGCCGGCCUGCACGAGUUCGCCUUCAGCUUCAACCUGCCCCACAUGGCUCUGGCCACUUCCUUCGAGGGGAAGCACGGCAGCGUGAGGUACUGGGUGAAAGCUGAACUUCACCGUCCAUGGCUGCUGCCCGUCAGAGUGAAGAAGGAGUUCAUUGUGUUUGAGCACAUCGACAUCAACACGCCGCUGCUGCUGGCCCCUCAGGCUGGUACAAAGGAGAAGACUCUGUGCUGCUGGUUCUGCGCUUCAGGCCCCAUCUCCCUCAGUGCCAAGAUAGAGCGAAAGGGCUACACACCAGGCGAGUCGAUCCAAAUCUUCGCCGAGGUGGAGAACUGUUCGUCCCGAGUCGUGGUGCCCAAGGCUGCUCUGUACCAGACCCAGACCUUCUUCGCCAAGGGAAAGGGCAAGCAGAUCCAGCAGCUGGUGUCCAACCUGAGAGGGGACCCUCUGCCGCAGGGGAAGAGCCAGAGCUGGGAGGGCAAACUGCUCAAGAUCCCCCCGGUGUCCCCGUCCAUCCUGGACUGUCCCAUCAUCCGGGUGGAGUACGCCCUCGUGGUGUAUGUGGACGUUCCCGGCGGCUUGAAUUUGUCUCUGUCGUUGCCCUUGGUGAUUGGGACCAUCCCCCUCCACUCCUGCACCACCCGCACCUCCAGCAUCAGCAGCAACUGCAGCACGCUGAGCUGGCUGCAGGACAGACUCGAGGCGCCGCCGAGUUACAGCGACCUGGCGAUAUCAGAGUCCGAAAGGCGGGACUGCCUGCAGGGCUGUGAUAGAUCUGAUGGGGACACGGGCGACCAGGGAUCUCUGCUAACAUACAUCACAGAGUUCAGAUAUCUGCCACCACCACUCUACUCUGAGGUCGACCCUUACCCCGACCCCGUGCAGGUGUGCGGCGCCGCGGACGUCAGGAGACCCGACACGUGUCCCUCUCGCUGACGAGUGCUCGUGAGCUCAGAAGGCUUCUGAACAAACAAGCCCCCGUCACCUUCAGCUCCAGGCCCUCACAAGCCAGCUUCUCACCAGAUUAUAUAUCACCAUAAAUAAGGCUAUGGCCUCCCUGACUCGGGACAGUCAGCUGAGAGAGUAUUCGGUGACCAUUGACAUAUGGACCAGGGAUUUCGAGCCAUGCUGGAUUCUCCAUAUCCUGUGCUCAGGAUGAGGCAAAUAAAAAAGUUCUCGGUGACACCACUGUGCGACUCUGACGAGGCAGAAAACAAGAGAGUGGUGAGAAGACGCCUCCUCCUGCCUGGCAGGGCAUUUUGCACAUACCGUAAUUACUGUUUUUCUGUUGGUGGGUUUUAUAUAACGCAAGUCGCUGCAGGCCUAUAUGCUCCAGUAGAUUCUGUCCACAGACGUACAUGAUGUUGUACUCUUUAACGGCACAUUUAAACAGGACAAAAGCUAUUUGUCCAGCAUAGCUCCAGCUAGGCAGAGCUUGUGGCCAUCGCUGUCACUGACCAGACUUCAGGUGGAAACCGUUUCAUUCUGCAAAGCAAAACAGAGACAGAAAAACGAUGAUUAACUGCAGAAAUGUGUCACAUAAACAACCACCUCAAGCACUUAAAGCAAAGCUCAAAUGGUGUGUGAGAGUGUGUGAAUGUGUGAAUGUGUGUGAAUGUGUGAGUGUGUGCGCGCAUGUGCGUGUGCGUGUUGGUUUAAAUGACCAGGUUUAAACCCAGACAGGGUCAAGAGAAAAAGCACAACUCCGACCAACCAAGAUAAAGUACCGCAAGUCGCCUGUUGGUUUCUGAGCUAAAGCUUCUCGCUGUAGAUUUGGAUGUUAAGAAGCUGAAAGAGUGACAAAGCAUAAACGAUAAAUGUUUACAGAUGAAUAUAUCAAAUUGAGAAUGUUGUUCAAACAUGACUUCUUCCACCUAAGACUUCAAAGUGCAAUAUAUUUUUGUAUUUGUGAUUUUUUUGCACUAGUUUUUCAUAUACUCUGUUGCUGUUUAUUCCAUUUCUGUGCAUUAUAUAUUAUUGUCAUGAUCUUACUACUGUCAUGAUCAACUUUUGAUAAAAUAAAAGGUUUAUUUUAUAGAAUAA